AUGAUUUUAGUGCACGCUGAUAAAGUCAAUGACGCGUCAUGUGAAGAGCAGCCAGUACAGAAAAGCUUCUCCUGCGUACUAUGCGCACAGCGAAAGGUGAAAUGCGAUAAGCAGCCUGGCGGCUGUGCGAAUUGUACACAGUUGCGAGUCCAAUACGUUUACAAAGCUCCACCUCCACCCCGAAGAAGAAAAAAAGGUCUGCGCGAAAUCGAUGUCACCGCCAGACUGCGUAUCUACGAAGAUGGGCUUCGUCAACUCGGCGUAGACCUGGAAGAAUUAGUCAAACAAGAGUUCGCAAAAGUCACACGCGGUCAAGAGCUGGUUACGGGAUUUGGUGGUUCCGUUGACGCGGGUCUGUAUGAUGAAAACAAAUCGUCUCAUGUCGUCUCUGAAGUCGGGGUUUUGUUACUGGAAGAAGGCAAAUCCCGGUAUCUGGAAAACGACCUUUGGGCCAGCCUGCAGAAAGACCUUCGAGAAUCGAGAGAGAUGCUGGACGAGGUUUUUGAUGAGGAAUCUUUCAGUGGAAGCAGUCACGAUUCGCCAGCUACUAUGCCCACAGAUGGUGCAUCCAUAAUUUUACGGGCGCAUUCAGUGUCAAGGAAUCCCCAAUCUCUACAUCCGACGCCGACCCAGGCCCGCAAUCUCUGGCAAGCGUAUUUGAACAAUAUCAAUCCGCUUGUAAGAGUUUGCUAUGCUCCCACUCUCGAGCAGCUGAUCUUGAACGCAAAUGGCAACUUACAUGCUCUGCCUAGGGACGUCGAGGCAUUACUCUUUGCCAUAUACUUUUUGACCGUAGAGUCACUCAAUGACCAGGAAUGCAUUGAAAUGCUUGGGCAGCCGAAAUCUAUAGCUAUUCGACGAUUUAGACAAGGCGCUCAACAUGCCCUAAUCAACGCUAAUUCAAUAUAA